AUGGAAGACUAUGAGAAGCAGAAGCAGUCGGGCAAUAAGUCCAUCCACCACUUCUCUGAUCUGAUGACCGUUAAUGCUUGGGGCGGUGGUGCCAAGCCAGUGCUGCCAGGCAAGGAGGACUUUUUGCAGCAGUUGCAGACCGCCCUCCUCCAAUUCCAGCGUGCGCAUCAAGUGGAGAAUGGCAAAGGAAGCUAA